AUGCUACCUUUUAAGAAAGCUGACAGUCCAUUUAAAUCAAAUCCGGUGUCUCGAGUGGGAUCUUCUACUCGUUUGAAUCAGUUGGGUAACAUAAAAUCAAACCCAACCACUCCCAAUCCAGCGCUAUAUGUUACUUCAUCAUUGAAUCCACUGAAAAACUUGCCUACAAAUGCAGCCAAUGUCAAACUGAGAUUACAAACUCAAAAGGAUUUGGAUGCAUUUGAACAAUUGCCAAUGGUUCAAAAAGUUAAUGAAUAUGAAAGAUUGCUCAAUGAGUUAUCAGAAGCAGUGUCACAGUUUAAAAAUGAUGAAUUACAAGAGAAAAUUGCACAAAUUAUAACUUGUAAUGAUGUUUUGAAACAACAAAUUGAAGACUUGAACAAACAUAGAAAUUAUAGCUAUGAGGUGGACAAGUUGUCGGACAAAAAUAAAACAUUAGAAGAGAACUCGAAAUUUAUAUUGAAAGAAUUAGUGAGUUACAGAAACGAAUUAAAAAAAUUACCGAAAUUACCCAAAUCCGAUAAAAUGGUUAACCGGAAAGUUGACGUCGAUGAUAUUUUGAAGUAUGCUUUUAAGUUAGCCAAGUUUACCAAGGCGCCUGCAACUGUUGCCAAUAUGCCAUUCCAAAUACAUCCAAACAAUUAUGUAUGGCCCGCUGAAGAUUCAUUGAGACGUGGAAUGUUGGCACAAGCAUCUUUACAAGCAGAAGACAUAAUACGGUAUGAAUUAGGAGACAUAGAAAAAGAAGAUCCUAAAGAAGUUAAAACCAAAUCCAACGACAAUAAUGACGAUGAUGAUGACAUGGAAGAUGUCAGAAUUUCAAAUGAAAAUACAAAGGAUGAACAAGGUUCUAGGCCGCAUCCAGCUAGUGAAUAUGACACAAGUAAGAGGAAAGAUGAACAAAACCAGCCACCAGUGGAUCUUAACUUAGACUUAUUUGAUCCUGACGAUGAAUACUCAGAUUAA